AUGGUGAAGAUGAGUGUGGAGGCCGUGAAGGUGAAGGACCUGCAAAUUUGCACCUCCUUCAAUGGAGAUAAGGGAGAAUCCUGGGAGGGGAAUCAGGAGCCCGCAGAAGAACACCAGGGUCUUACCGCUAAACCAAAACAGAUGACAGGCAGACAAGCCCGCAAGGUGGAAGGAGGCGUGUUCUUUCCUAAACCAGAGAAUGCGGUGACAAUCGCCGUUUCCACACGGGUUCUCUUUCGAACGGAGCGAGAAGAGAAAGUGUUCGAGCAGCAUGGAGUGGAAGAGUACUUGAGAUACCAAAUCGAACACGAGAAUGAACCCUUCGCCCCUGGACCAGCUUUUCCAUUUGUCAAGGCUCUGGAGGCGGUAAACGCUCGGUUGCGCGAGCUUUAUCCACAAAGUGAAGAGCUGUUUGACAUUGUGCUGGUGACGUACAACCACGCCCACGUAGGGAUCCGCCUGAUCAACACCAUCAAUCAUCACAAUCUGUUCAUAGAGCGCUUUUGCAUGACGGGUGGAAGCAGUCCAAUCGGCUACCUCAAGGCCUGGCACACCAACCUCUACCUGUCGGCCGACGCUGACAAGGUCAGGGAGGCAUUGGCUGAAGGCAUUGCAGCGGCGACGAUGUUUACGCCAGAGAAGCGGACGGAGGUGUCGGAGUCUCAACUGAGGGUGGCGUUUGACGGCGACGCUGUUCUCUUCUCUGAUGAGUCGGAACGUAUUUUUAAGGCCCAUGGGCUGGACAAAUUCUUUGAGCAUGAACGUGAAAAUGAGGACACACUGCUCGAUCAUGGUCCACUGAAAGGUUUCUUGGAGGCCCUGGGGAAGCUUCAGAAGAAGUUUUACGCUAAAGGCCAGCGCCUGGACUGUCCUAUCCGUACCUUCUUAGUGACGGCCCGCAGUGCAGCCAGUUCCGGCAUUCGAGCCCUGAGGACCCUCAGGGCCUGGGGUCUGGAAAUUGAUGAGGCCUUGUUUUUGGCAGGGGCACCUAAAGGGCCAAUGCUAGAGAAGAUCAGACCACACAUUUACUUUGAUGACCAGAUGUUUCACGUUGAGGGUGCGGCAGAGAUGGGCACCAUUGCGGCACAUGUGCCUUAUGGCAUUGCGCAGAAGCACAACACCAGACAAAAUUCGGGUGUGAGGAAGUAG